AUGCCUCUGCCACCCCUCCUUCAAGGUCAAGUGUGUGCUGUGACUGGUGGCCUCACCGGCAUUGGACGUGCUAUAGCGAUCUCAUUUCUGUCACACGGUGCCAAAGUAGCGAUCAAUUAUCUUGAAUCUUACCAAGCUGGCGAGGAUGAGCUGCUCCAGACGCUACGAACAGAGGCAUUCGAUGCCAUCAAGGCCAGAAACCCGGCAACUUCGCCGGCAUCGUUGGAGGACGUUCCUCUGCUGACAGUUCCUGGAGAUAUCUCCCAGCCAGGGACGGGGCAAGAAUUUGUGAAAAGGACGGUGGAAGCAUUUGGACGUCUCGACACCUUUGUAUCAAACGCCGGCAUUUGCAAAUUCGAGGAUUUUCUGGAGAUUGACCCGACAUCAUGGCAAAGGCAUCUUGACAUCAACCUCUCAGGAGCCUUUUACGCUGUGCAGGCGGCGGCGCAGCAAAUGGUGGCACAGAGUCCGUCAGGAGGCUCGAUCAUCGGCAUCUCAUCCAUCUCGGCAUUGGUUGGCGGUGCUGGCCAGUGUCAUUACACGCCAACGAAAGCCGGCGUGCUGAGUCUGAUGCAAUCAACCGCGACUGCUCUGGGCAAACACAAGAUCCGGUGCAAUGCGCUGCUUCCAGGCACUAUUCGAACACAAUUGAAUGACGAGGAUCUCAAAGAUGGGAGUGAUAAGAAAGCCUACAUGGAGAAAAGAAUCCCACUGGGGCUGGGCAAUCCUGAAGACAUGGCUGGGCCAGCAGUAUUCUUGUGGACGGAGGAGCGUUUGUAA